CUACCUGAUGCAGUUGCGUUGUUGGGUCGUGCACUGGCCGUACGCGAACAGACUAAAGUCUUAGUACUGUAGCAGCGAGCUGAGGCUGUGUCAGCGCGACGUGCAUCAUGUCUCAGCAGCGCAAAGUACCUAUUUACUUGACAUUCCAAUGCUGAUAUCGCCUGCACACCGAUCUUACCGAUCUUGAACAGGCUGCCUCUCCAUCGCGCUUCUUCUUGUUCUACCUCUGAAGUACACCCGCCAGCUGAUCACUAACAAGGUUGAGAAGCCCACAUUCGCUUGUUACAAAGCUGCAGCAUACAGCAUAUCGCGAUGAGCGCAAAGCACAACCUCCACAUCGCCGCUUCGAUACCACCGCAUCUUACACCCGCAGAGGUCAUUGCUGCCCUUCACGACCAUAACACAGCACUCACUCUCCAAGCCCUAACGACUGGGCAUGAGAAGCUGUCGAACACCGCACCAGAAACGCUGAAAGACACAUACUGGUACCCGACCGACCUAAAUCCAGUCCACACAUACAGCGUUACCGAGUGCGUCACCGUCUUACCCGGCAUUGGACAGUGGGGAAAGAAGAACAUCACCUUCCCCAGCUGCUUCCAGAACAUACCCACUGGCAUUAAGUCGCGUGCAGACGUAUCUGGUGUAACAUUGCGCGCAGACUACCGUAUCAUAAAGGGCGGCGCAGACGGCGAAGUUGAUGGCGAAGGCCAGGGCAUUGGCGACGCUGAGUGGGUGCUGGUCGAAGAUGCUGAGGUCAGCUGCUCGUGGUGGCUGAUGCCGUUUGUGAAGGGCAAGAUGGAGCAGGCGCACCGCGACUUAUGUCGCAAAAUUAUCGAGAAAGUGGAGAUGCAGAAACGACAAGACGACCUUGCGAACUCUGUCGGGAGAGGGCAAGAGCUGUCGCGAGGGCAUGCAAUCAGUGCGAAUGCGGCGCGAGUUGAGGCUGACGCGAACGAGUCGCAGAGAGUGGAGCUGCCUGCACCAGGCUCACAGAAGAUUUUCUACGGCUGAGGACGUAUCCUGAUCAAUGUCACGAACCUUAGACAGGAUCAUAGGUGUUGCAUGCAUUGUCUUGUCGGCUUUGCCGAGCUUGCAGCCACACCUAAUUGUCAUGUCGCUCCAACCCCACCAUGACAACAACGCAGCCCAGAAAAUCGUACGCUUCGCUGCACUAUCAGCCCUCCAGACUACUGUGCCGUAUACAGAUAACCACCUUCGAUCCGUAGCUGGUAGCUACAGACUAUCGCAAUGCUCUGUAAGGUUUGUUUAGGUUCCUUUACGUGCGCGCCUCAAUUGCAC